AUGGAGAGCAGCACCGGCGGCGGCGGGGAACGCAGCGUGAGCGUGAGAACACGGGCACAGGGGGAAGGCAAAGGCAAGAUGGCCGCGCCAGAGAGGCAGCUGAAUUGGUUCGUUCACGUCGUGGCGACGGUGGAGAGGGUGGGCAACGCCCUGGGCACGCUGGGGUUCACCUGGGCGACCGUCGUGCUGCUCGGCGGCUACCCCUCGGUGCUCCGUCGUGGCGAUGAUUUUUGGUUCGCCACAGCUAUAGUUUUCCUCGAAGCUGCAAGGAUGUUUAGCCACGGUAACAGAUUAGAUUACCAACUGUUUUUCAGUACUAGAGGAGCUUUUAGACUUCUUGGAUGGAACGGGCUCCUGACUGUGAUAGUAUAUUUUUCCGUUAUACUGGUGAUCCUAUCACGCUAUUAUCAACAUUCCAAUAGUGGCAUAUUGGUGGCUCUACUUGUGGAUAUGGCAAUGCUAGUUGCAAUUGGCCAGAUGCUGUCUCCAAGAGCUCUAAAACUACUAAGCAAUCCGCUACGACGUGCCAUCUCAUUGUGGAGCCCAUUACUUGCAAUCCUAUUGAUCGCUCCGUGUAUUGAUAUAUCAAAACAAAAGGAUGAAUUUCAAGAAUUAAUUCCCACAAAGAUCAUGUGGCUAUUGUACCUGGUACCAUCUUUCUUUGUCGUCCUAGCGACAAUCAGCAGGUUGCGGCUCCCAUGUAUCAAGAAACUGGUAGACAGUGUUCUGAGCAGCAAACAGUUAGCUUGGCGUCAAACCAUCCUAAACUUGGGCAUGCUUUCUGCGAUAGUGGUGCUAAUGUUCAUCUUCGAGCUCUCUCCAUAUGCGAUGAUCGUGUACCAGCUUUAUGCUUUAGUGGUGGUGUCGUUCGGCAACUUCCAGAUUCCAGCAGCGGGUGUGCGCAUCGUCCUCUCACUGAUACGCCUUAUACAACAGGACUACACUGCAGAUGGUACUAGUAAGGAUAGCAGAAAGAACCUCAACCCAUCUCUAAACAUCUUCUACGUGGUGGUGCUUGGGCAAGGGAUUCUCUACAUUAUGGCCUGCUUGCUGGAGGUCUUUUCGUUCAUCCCUCGGAGAUCCCUCAUCCGCAAUGGCGGACUUAGAGGUCAGCUGGGAGUGGAAUAUGUCAAUUUGUACUAUGCAUAUGCCUUCGAGAAAUGCAUGGGAGGGGCUGUUCUUGUUCCAAAGAAGAUCAACCUUGUUAACUUUGCAAUGGAUUCCCUCAAAUCAGACUCAUCAAGGAACAAGCUCUAUGGGGUUCAGAUGCUGCACAACUUUCUUAAAAAGGAGCAGUUAAGGACUAAAACCAUGAAAAAACUCACCAAUGCCACGAAGACAGUAGCGUCGCUGUUCGAUAUGCUGGGCUGGACAAGUCAUGCCGAUGCAGACAUCAGAUUAUUCGCCGCGAAGACCACUGCCGAGCUUGCUGGUAGUCUCCGAGUUGUUCAAAUCCCUGGUGCAACGCAGCUUGUAGCCUCUCUUCUAGACACUGACCAUCGACAGAUAACAAGGGAUCAUUUUCUCUUCAUUGAUAGCCAACAGGGAAGAGAAGACUUACCAAUUCAGCAAGCUGGCAUGGACGAACAGAACUCCCCAGUACUUAAAUACUUGAAACAGAUGGCAAUGUACUGUUUAAUUCCGGUGGAUGAGCCAUCUAACACGGAGGAACAAAACUCAUGUAUGCUCAGAUGCUGGAAGCGGAUCACAAAAUACUGGUCAAUUCCAGAGGAGGAGCCAUCCAUGGACCAAGAUUUCCUCCCUGUACAAGGACUACUAAUUCUUGAGAGGCUUGCUAACUUUGAUCCUGGAAACUGCAUGGAAAUCAGCAGAGCUACAGGUCUCAUCUCAAAGAUGAUAGAUCUUACAAGCUACAGAAAUUGUAUGACAAGUAAUAACGAAGGACACAAAAUAAUGCUGGCAGGUUUGUCACUUAGGGUGCUGAGAAGACUAGCAAGCACUGGAGGAAAGUUAGGUGUAACUCUGCGGCAGCAGAUUUUGGAACACCCCUUUGUAUUGAGCAACCUUGCAGAGAUCUUGGAUGACAGUGGGAGCAGCCAUGAGCUAAAGCAGUUGGCAGCAGAAAUAUUGAAAUACCUUGCCAUGGAUAGAAACACUAGUGAGUACAUCGGGCAAAUCCGAGUGAUCAUCAGCAGUUUGAUGCAUGCAUUUCUCAGCCGAGAUCCAUCCUCGAGUACAAAUUCCAAUCACUCGCUAUGGAUAACUGCUGGUCAAGCACUUGCAAUGCUGGCAAUGGAGAGUACCAAUAACUGUUUGGUUAUGUUAAUGGAACCAGGGUAUGUGUUCAUUAAAGAACUUACAACUAUGAUCCAUGACGACAGGUGCAAAUGUAUAGCAGCAAUCCUGUUGUGGAAUAUAUGCGAGCAUGCUCAGGCUGUGCUCAGCACCUCAGACCUGAAGGAACUAUCUCACACCUUGCGAGAGGUGCUGGAAGGGAUAAUGGAUGCUGAAAGGGCAGAAUUAGAGGCCCUUAUUGGCCUUAGUUCACAAAUAUGUAAAGUCAUUCCUAAAGACUUUGUCCGAGAACUAGAGCAUGGUCAGAUUAAGGAAAAAAUCGUAAAGAGGCUUGUUGAUGUACUCAAUGCACAUAUGAGACCCAGUGCUCAUUGUCCCAGCAUUAGGAGGGUGGUUGUUCAACAUGCCAUAUACUUGAUGGAGUUGAAUUCUCGCUAUGCAAACGAUUUCCGCAAGUGCAGGAUGGAGGAAGCACUAUCAAUGGUGGAGCAUACACCCUCAAGGUCUGAAUACUACAGGUUGUUCUCGGGUGAUGCAGGACUCAUGGAGCACAGCACAGAGCUUUCCACUCUUGUGGCCAGAGCAAAAGAGUUGAUGGGUCGUGAAUGGGUUCGGGGCAUCAGCAGUGUCAUGUGACUAUUUAUGUGAUAUUGUAGUAAAACCUUUUGUAAUAAACAGGUUCAAUUUCUUCAUGACAAUCCUAUCUAUGAUACAGUUGGGCUCCUACAAUGUUGAAUGUACAAAA